UAACUGGCAAAUGCUGACGAUGUCCGUUCCUUGUUUCAGAUAUGACCGUGACAAUAAGGAGGCUUACCAUAGUCCUGCGGCAUAGCGUAGAUAACAGCAAAAAUUGGGCAGGCUCGGCAACAGAGGCAGGACCGUGCAUGUGCGAACUCCCACUGAGGGUACCAGAAGCUGAGGGAUCCAAAGAUGCGGACUCAUCGAUGGACAUUUUGUACACCUCAUCGAUGUGUCAUAUGAAUAUGACCAGUCUGCAACCGUCUUGUUCUAUAAUAUAAGUUAGUUAUUGAAUUAGAGGUGCAGUUAACACAGCGAGAAGUGAAAAGUGAUCACGAGCUCGUCAACGAUUCACUAGAUCAUUUGCAAAAUGACAAUUAACCUCCUUCCGGCUUCAUAGUGUGUACAGGUGUCU